AUGUUUGGUUAUGUAAUUUCUGGUAGACCUGUUCAACCAAGUGUAACUCAACUUCAACCUGGUAAAUUCUUUUUUCAAAUUGAUGAUGCUACCAAUGUACAUAAUUUCGCUGUUUUUUUAACUGAGCAAAACUUCCCAGCAGGAUAUGGAGCAGCUAUUUACUUAUCAUAUACACCGUUUCAAGAUUGGAAAUAUUUAGGAUUUAUAAACAGUUUGAAACCAUCGGCAUUCUUUUCGAUUCUGCAAGAGGGCGAUAUGACGAUGAUCGAUCAAUCGAAAUCGGUUGCACAAGUCGGAAUAUCUAUAGAGACAGAGGCAGAGAUCAACGCUAAACAAAAGACGAAUGCAGCAUCCGACAAUACAACAUUCAAAGCUAUCGAUUUCAAACAAUACGCAUUCAAAAUGUGUCACAACUUUGUAAACUACGUACUUUCAUUCGCCGUAUCACAACAACAACAACAACAGCAAGAGUUACCUCCAGGAACAAAGUUAUUAAAGAAUGGCGUGGCUGUAAAUGGUUGGGUGGUAACAACCUCGAAGAAACCAAUAUUGAAUUCAACGGAGAAAGAAGAAUGGGAGAGAGAGUUACAGCUGAAUGAGUUACCAGAGAUGGUAUUCGGUAAUAACUAUGUCAGUGUAGCGAGAGAGGACAAUUCAUUCUCUAUUGUAUUCAACACACAUGAUGCACUGUCGCUCUGUAAGAAGACAGCCGAUCAGACAAUCAAAGUGGCUGCCUCUGCGCGUUGGCAAGCUAUCAAUCAAGGUACAUUCACAGGUCCACUCGAGAAAUCUUUCGAAUGGACAUUCACCACACCUUACAAUGGAUCAGUACUCAAAGACGGUCAUAUUUAUACUAUGACAAACAGACCACAAAGUAUAUUUGAAACAACGACAACAGAACAAAUUGAUAUAGAGAAAUUAAAACGACCAGAUCCAAUCUUAUUCUAUGACGAUGUUAUACUUUUUGAAGAUGAAUUGGCAGACAAUGGUAUUUCAAUGUUAAGUGUUAAAGUUAGAGCGAUGCCAACAGGUAUAUUUGUAUUACAAAGAUUCUUUUUGAGGGUUGACGAUGUAUUGCUACGAUGUUAUGAUACCAGAUUAUAUUUGGAGUUUGGUAAUAGUUAUUUCCUGAUGGAGUCGAUGCUGAAAGAAGCCAACUACGACCUGUUGAAACCGAUCUUUGACCGUGAUCCAACAUUUGUUUCAAAUGUCAAUAUGAUCGUUCAACAACUUCCCAUCAAAUCUUUAACUGUCGAAAAAAUUAAAUUUUAA